GCCAGUUUGGAGGAUUAUGAAGAAACAGUAAAGAAGGCUAAAGAAGCAUGGAAAGUCUGGGCUGAUAUCCCUGCACCUAAGCGUGGAGAAAUAGUGCGACAGAUUGGUGAUGCCUUGAGACAAAAAAUCAAAGUUCUUGGAAGCUUGGUUUCUUUGGAAAUGGGAAAGAUUUUUGUUGAGGGUGUUGGGGAGGUGCAGGAGUAUGUUGAUGUCUGCGACUAUGCUGUUGGUUUGUCUCGAAUGAUUGGUGGACCUGUUUUGCCUUCAGAAA